CCCGCCGCCCCCGCCUCCGCCUCCGCCUCUGCCGCCGCCGCCGCCGGCCGCCGAGGGAAGCAGCGCAAGGACAAGGGCAAAAGCAAGGGGAAGCCCGGCAAGGCUGGCAGCGACUCCAACUCCGACAACGCGCACGACAUCAUUAUCGGGUGCGUGGGCAAACGCACGCAGUACACGGUAUCCGGGUUGGUGCCGGGCAGGCUGUACCACUUCGACCUGUUCGCCGUGAACCGGCGCACCAACCUGAGCUUGGCGUACGGCAACGCAGAGCUGCGGUUCGACGCCCGUGCACGCCCCACCGCCCUGCGUGACGCGCGGCCCGCCACCGUCAACCUCAAGAGCCUCGACGGCCGCGCUGCCUUCCGCUUCAAGGUA